AUGGGUUUUAUAUCCAACAUAUUAUGUUGUGCCUCUUCUAGUGUCUCUUCGCUGAAGGGAACAAAAACAACUGUCGGGAAUACUACCCUAACUGCCACUCCUAGCAACAAUGUCAAUAAAUCACGUACUACUGCCGCAAGUUCGAGCGAUGUGAAUGUCUACAGUACUAAAUCACAUCCUUCUAAUAAAUCUACUAGUACUACUGUUGCUACAUCCAUUUCUCAUCGUAACCAUUCUCAUUCCCAUCACAGUCGUCACAGCACUGGUAAUGUUAACGGCAACACAAAAGAUAUGGUGACAAAGCCUACUAAUGUUCAUAGUCAUGCACAUAUUCAUAAUAAUAGUAGUAGCAGUAAUAUUGACAACAAGGACAGCAAUAAGGACAGUAGCUCCAAUUCCACCACAAAUGAUCAUACCAACAACAGCAACAGUAAUAUUUCUAAUCAUCAUAGUCAUAGUACUCCUCACUUACACAACCACGGAAGCGCAGUCACUAAUGUUUCUAAUUCUUCUGAUACUGUAACUACGAAUACCCGUGGAAAUGACAAUAGCCAUGAUAGCAGUAAUAGUAGUGCCAAUAAUAACAACAAUACAAAGGAGACAACCAUAGUAACACAAGCCAUCGAGGAUGAAGAUGAAGAUGAUGAAGACGAUAAUGAACGAAUGGAUAUUGAUAAAGAUGAUAAACGUACAUACACUGCUACAACCACUGCCACAACCAGUACUUUAAGUACUGGCACAAGCAAUACAGAUAACGACACCAAGUUUUCAUCCUCAUUGGACGAAGAUAACCACAUUAAUAACACUUAUGUGUCCAGUGUCCCAAAGGACUCCUCUGUAGUAAUAGCAGAUAAAUCUUCCAACAUAACUAACCCUCCACCUGAUUCUUCAAGUUUUGUUCCCGCUUCAAGUAGUGACGGAAACAACAGCAACUACUAUAACAUCGACGAGGAGUACCAGUAUGACGAUUUAUCAUAUGACGAAAACAACGAUAGUAUCUUUCCUCCCCCAAUGCUAGAUUUAACUGCUUUACAACCGGGUCAAGCUCAUGCCCCCAAUUGCACCACGUUACUCCCACCAAAGGACGUUACCAGGUUUGGUAACAGAAAAUGCUUGGUUCUAGAUUUAGACGAAACUUUGGUACACUCUUCAUUUAAAUAUUUGAGAACUGCUGAUUUUGUUAUACCUGUGGAGAUCGACGGCCAAGUUCACAAUGUAUAUGUAAUUAAAAGGCCUGGCGUGGAUAAAUUCUUAGAGGUUGUGGGUCAGUUAUAUGAGGUUGUUGUUUUUACUGCUUCUGUAUCAAGAUACGGUGACCCAUUGUUAGAUAUAUUAGACAACAAGCCUCAAAAUAGCAAAGACGGUCAUUAUACUGGUAAGCAGAACGUUCAUUACAGACUAUUUAGGGAUUCGUGCUAUAAUUACGAGGGCAAUUAUGUCAAGAAUUUGUCUCAACUAGGCCGUCCAUUAAGCGAUAUUAUCAUAUUAGAUAAUUCUCCUGCUUCGUAUAUUUUUCAUCCUCAACAUGCUGUUCCUAUAUCAUCCUGGUUUAGUGAUUCACAUGAUAAUGAAUUGUUGGAUAUUUUGCCUAUUUUGAACGACUUGAGUGGUGUACCGGAUGUCUCAAAAAUAUUAGAUGUUACCAUAUAA